GAGCCGGGGGCCCCGGCCGGGGAGGCACAGGUGGCUGCGGCUCGGGCUCUGCGGGUGCUCUUGCGCCUGGUUGCCCGCCGCGAGCCCGGCGUGCGUGGUCCAUGGUGGGGUUCAGGCUUCCUCCAGAAGAAGUGAAGUGUGUCGUGGAAGGCGCGCUGCGGCUGUGCUGAGAUCUUGGGCUGAGAUGAGUUCCGAGAUGCUUCUCGCAUCACCCCCAUCGCUUGGCUCAGACCCUUACCAGCGGCAAAAUUUGGGGUCUUGCAUGCCUUACGACGUGCCCACCUACACGCUUCUUGGUGCCUUGGCAACGCGCGACGGGGCGUGGCCUCACAGAGACCUGACAGUACUAGUGGCCAGAGGCGACCUGUACCCUGAUGCUCAGAGCUCCUUCGAGCACCCUGCGUGAGGUCAUCCAUAGGCAUGGCAAGUCCGAGACACCCAGUAUCAGCCCGUGCUGUAGCCCUGGUGCAGAUGGACCGACUCCAGACGUUUGCUUUCUCCGUGUGCUGGUCAGACAACAGUGACACGUUUGCUCGCAGGAGCUGGGAUGAGUUUAGGCAGCUCCAGAGACUGACACAUGCUUCUCCCCAUCAGAAGACCCUUAAGAAAACCUUCCCAGUGGAGGCAGGCCUGCUCCGGAAAUCUGAACGAGUUCUUCCCAAGCUUCCUGAUUCUCCAUUGUUGACACGUCGCGGGCACACUGGCCGAGGCCUGGUACGUUUGCGGCUGCUGGACACCUAUGUACGGGCAUUGCUGGCAACCUCAGAGCACAUAUUGAGGAGCUCAGCACUCAGUGGCUUCUUUGCACCCAAACCUCUGGAUCUGGAGCCCAUGCUGCCUCCUGGCAGCCUGGUGAUCCUGCCCACACCAGAGGAGCCCUUAUGCCAGCCCACAGGCAGCCUUACCAUUCACAGCCUGGAGGCUCAGAGCAUGCACUGUGUGCAGCCUUUCCACACUCUUGACACAAGAGACAGACCUUUCCACACUCAGGCCCAAGAAAUCCUGGACGUAUUACUACGACAUCCUUCAGGCUGGUGGCUGGUGGAGAACAAGGAUCAGCAGACAGCCUGGUUUCCAGCUCCCUACCUGGAGGAGGUAGCAACAGGCCUAGGCCAGGAGUCAGGCCUGGCUUUGCAAGGAAGUGGGAGGCAGCUCUGUGCUACCCAGGCCUAUGAGGGCAGUCGCCCUGACGAGCUAACGGUGCCCUCAGGGGCACGUGUAAGUGUGCUGGAAACCUCAGACCGAGGCUGGUGGCUAUGCAGGUAUAAUGGCCGGACAGGCCUGCUGCCCUCAGUGUUGCUGCAACCUGAAGGGCUGGGCUCCCUCCUGAGCAGGUCAGGGCUCCCAGACAGUGGUGGGGCAGACAAGGUGGCCGAGGACAGGACCGUUCCCCCUGCAGUACCGACUCGCCCCUGUAUUAGUGCCAUCCAGGGCCGAUGCUGCUCUGUAACUCGCAGGGCACUGGGACAGGAACAAGGGACCCGGGUUCCCCCUUGAGGAUUGUAUUGCCCCGCAGAAAGACUGUACUGUCAAAGGCAAACUCUGGCAAAGCAGGGUCCUGGACCUCACCAAGGAAGCAGGGUGAGGGUGGGGCUCUAUGGCUGGCAGGACCAACUUUCUAUCGCCUCUAAAUAAAACUGCCAUGGGCUGGUGAGAUGGCUUAGUGGGUAAGAGCACUGACUUCUCUUCUGAAGGUCCUGAGUUCAAGUCCCAGCAACCACAUGGUGGCUCACAAUCAUCUGUAAUGAGUUCUGAUGCCCUUUUCUGAUGUGUCUAUAGACAGUUACAGUGUA